UGCAGAGGGAAUGGUACUUGAGCGGCGGUCAGAAAGACGACUUUUCAUUUCACUCUCACUUUUUGCAAGCAGCAUCAGCGCUUUACUUCUCCGUUGCUUCAGACUAGGCUGUGCUUUACAUUUUUAUUGUUUGGUUUCUUUUUUUUUUCAGUUUAUUUAUCCCCAAUAAAGGCGAUGAUAACAUUUCCUAAAGAGAGGCUUAGCGAGAUUUACAGCAUAUCAAAUUAUCGCAAGUGCGGUGACAGCCAAACACCUGAGAAGAUUUAUCACUUUACAGAGCAUCAGAAAGAAAGCUGGAGUCGGGAUCAGUGCCCUGAUCGCUCACAACCUGCAACGUUUCAACCUUCCCCAUGCAGGAUUCGUCUUUGCUGGAGAGGGUGUGUUCUUUCGAGAUCUGCAAAAAUCAAGGCUUACAAAAUAUGGCUUCUCGGACCAGUACCAGCAGCCCUGUUGAUUGUUGCAGCAAUAACUAUUAUCCUUUGCUACUGUUUGACACCUGCCAUUUCCACAUUCUACCUUGGUGGAAGUGUUGAAAUCACCAAUGUAUCUUUCACAAGUGAGCUGGCAGAUCCUCAGUCCCAGCAGUUUCUUUUACAAGCUGAAGCCAUUCGAAAUUACUUUGCUACGAUAUAUGCAUCAUCAGUUUGGGGAAAAUAUUAUUUAAAGUCCGUCAUUACUGCUUUUAGUGAAGGAGAACAAGGAGCUAAAGCAUUCUACUGGUGUAAAUUUUCUGCACCAGCUAAUAUUGCACACCAAAUGAAAAACACAAGAUCCUUCAAUCUACAAAGAGUUAUUGGAAUUAAAUCGAAAAUUAACUUUACUCGUGCUCGCGAGGAGGUAUACUCGUUUGAUGAAGAUUUAGACCCAAUUGAGUUAUUUGAUUCUAAUUCUGGAGAGUAUGAUCUAGGAGUGAAAUCGGCAAUAUCAUUUGACCUUUAUGCGAAAUAUGGGAACAACAGAACAUUAACCUUGACGAGUCCCAAGAAACCUUAUUAUCAAUGGAGACUAAGAGUUCCUUCUGGUCAUGUGGUUCGAUUAGUUAUUGUUACAUUGCAUGGAGCAUCACCAGGAAACUGUGCAGCUCAUAAGCUCUCUGCCUAUGAUUUUUUAUUGCCCCUUCAAAAUAAGAUAAUUGCAAGGUGGUGUGGCAUACCAGUAACAUGGACUCCUCCUGUCAUAAAAUUAACUUCAUCUGGUAAUGUGAUGCUAGUAACUUUCUCAUUCAACAGGCAAAGAGAUAGUGCCAUUUUUAAGGCUUAUUUUCAAGCUGUUCCAAAAACAGGCUGCGGUGGAAGCAUUAGCUCUUGGAAUGGUACACUGUCUUCUCCUUAUUACCCUAGCCAUUAUCCUCCUAAUGUUGAUUGCACAUGGAAUGUAAAAGCUCCAGUGCGUGGAUAUUUAAUAUCACUUACAAUAGUAUUUCUAGAUAUUCAAGAUUCACCAACUUCAAACUACUGUGACAAAGACUGGCUUGACAUAAAUGGUGUCAGACUUUGCAAUCCUAUAGUUGAAAGCAGCCGAAAAAGAGUGUAUUCAUCUCCUGUUAGUCUCCAUUUCCACUCAGAUGAAUCUAUUACUCGAAGGGGUUUUUACAUCUUGUACAGGGCUUUCAGUUAUGAAGAUCCUUGUCCAAAACAAUUCCAAUGUAAAGAUGGCAAAUGUAUCUCUUUGAAGAAUCGUUGUGAUGGCUGGAAAGACUGCUCAGAUGGAAGUGAUGAAAUUAAAUGCACCAAAUGUAGACAAGGGGAAAUUGACUGUGGAAAUGGUCAAUGCCGACCAAAUCCUAGACUUUGCAAUGAGAAAAAUGAUUGUGGAGACAGUAGUGAUGAAACAGACUGCAGUUUAGAAGAAUGUUACUUCUACUGCCCAAAUGGAAUCUGUAUUCCUCAGUCAUCCCUUUGUGAUGGGAUAGUGGAUUGUAAAGACCGCAGCGAUGAAAUAAACUGUUCUAGAGCAUUUCAAAAAGUUUGUGCUUCAUCUUCUUACAAAUGCCGUGAUGGGAAAUGUGUUAGCAAAAUAAAUCCUGAAUGUGAUGGCAUGAAAGACUGUGCUGAUGGAGUUGAUGAAUUAGGCUGUGGAUGUGGAACAAGGCCUUCAAAGAAAACCAAAAUAGUUGGUGGUGAAGAUGCUCGGACUGGAGAGUGGCCUUGGCAAGUUAGCCUUCAGAUGGGAAAAUAUGGACAUAUCUGUGGAGCAUCAGUCAUUUCUAGCAAGUGGCUGCUGUCAGCUGCACACUGUUUUCAGGACUCUGACGCUAUCAGGUACUCUGAUGCUUCAACAUGGAAGGCAUAUAUGGGCAUGAGGAUUAUUAACAGAAUAAGCAAUUCUGUUGUGACAAGGUACAUCAAAAGGAUUGUUGUCCAUUCACAAUAUGACCAAUAUACCUCAGAUUAUGAUAUUGCUUUGUUGGAAUUAAAUGCUGCUGUAUUCUUCAAUGAGUUUGUACAGCCUAUUUGUUUACCUGCAAGCAGUCACUUCUUCAGUAUUGAGAAUAACUGCUUUGUCACUGGAUGGGGAGUUCUGAUGGAAGAUGGUGAACUAGCAUCAGUGUUACAAGAAGCAACCGUGAAAAUAAUCAGUCAUAAUACAUGCAACAAAUUUUAUGAUGAUGCGGUGACGCCCAGAAUGCUUUGUGCUGGAAAUUUGCAUGGAGGGGUAGACGCAUGCCAGGGAGAUUCUGGUGGACCGUUAGUGUGCCAAGAGAAAGGAAAACGUUGGUUUCUAGCAGGCAUUGUCAGUUGGGGAGAAGGAUGUGCCCGGAGAAAUCGACCAGGUGUCUAUACUCAAGUAGUUAAAUUUUCAGAAUGGAUCCAGCAAAAUAUUAACUGAAAUAUACUAUCUUCAAAAUAACUAAGAAAUUUUAAAAUCCAAUUUAAAAUGUGUAUAGCAAAGACAUUAUCCUUCUGUGGACUGAAUUUGAUACAGUUUGUCAGGAAUGCUCAUUACAAAUCCUUGACAUACAGAAAAGAAGUGAUUCAGCAAAGAAUAAUAUAAAUAAAUAUUGGAAAAGACUAUGAAAUGUGUUAUGUCACUGACUUUGAUUUCCUUGCUUUGGAAUUUACAGUUAUUAUUUUACUGUCCCAUUAACACACAAAAGUGCAUUGCUGAAAAUGGUAUUGGGUUUGUUUGUUGGCUUUCCAUUCACAAUGUGAAACAAGUAUGGAUCAAAUAUGUUUGUUGCACAUCAGACAAUUAAUCUUUUUUUAUAUAACAAAAAUAAAUAACUUUUCCUCAUAGGUUGUUGUUGCUAAUAUUAUCCAUAAUAUAUUUAUUGCAAUUAAAACAGUAUAUUCAAAAAAUUAUUAUUAUUAUUGAACUGAACAUAGUGCUUAUUCUGCACUGUAAUUAGAAGGUAAGGACAUGAAAGAAAGUGAAGGAAUUUUAUAAUAGCUUUUUAAAACUGAUGCAUCAUAGAUACAUCUGGUUACCAACUUUUAUAUACCUUUGCAAAGUUUUUGGUAAAAAUGAAAAGUGGAAUUUGUAUUGUAUAAUGAAAGAAUGUAGAAAACCUUUGCUAUGUCGUGAUACAUUUAUUUUUAAAUGCAAAAGGAAAUAAAUGUUUUAACUAAUGUAUUGUACAUUCUGUUAAUGAAAAUGCUAACAUUUUUUAAUAAAUAAAACAAAAUUUCUGUAAAUUAAUUAGAUCAAAAGAAUUACAAAGAAC